CAGGUGUGCUGGGUCCUGUUACAGCUCUACUGGAAAAUCCGACAGGUGUGCUGUGGUCUGCCAAAAGUGCGCGGGGACGCUGCAGUCUCCAGGACUAUGCUGAGACCCCCGGAUGGACAGGGCCAUGGAGUUGGAUGAGUUUGUGUCGGAGCUGGAGAAGAGGGAUGGGGCCCAGGACUGGUACUUGUCCUACCCGCUCAGCUUCCAGGUGUCACUGGGCAGCUUGCUGCUGCUGGAGUUGGUGCUGGGCCUAGCUAGUAACCUGACAGUGCUGGUCCUGUACGGCCUGCACAGUGGCCUUGCCGACUCGGUCAGUACCGUGGUGACGGUCAGCCUGCAUGUGCUGGACACGCUGGUCUGCCUGCUAUGUGUGCCCUUCACCACUGGCAUGGUGCUACGGCCCCCCGCCACUGCCUGGGCCCUGGCCUGCUGCUUCCACGAGGCCUGUGUGGCGCUGGCUGGGGUGGGCACUGCCGCCAACGUAUUGCUGAUCGGCCUGGACCGCUACGACAUCUCGGUGCGGCCGUCCCGCCGGCUGCUGACCGCCGGCCGGGCCAUGCCGCUGCUCGCCGCUGUCUGGACAUUGUCCCUCCUUGCUUUCUCCUUGCCCUUCCUGCAGGUUGAGCUGCUGGGGCCCGAGCCCGGGCUGGCCCAACACAACCUCUCGCUGGGGUGUGGCGGUGAUGCCGAGCUGCCACCCGGCCUGACAGCCUCGCUCCAUCUCCUACUGCAGGUGCCCUGCUUCUGCCUGGCAGCCGUGGGCCUGCUCGCCACUUAUUCCCGCAUCCUGCGGGCCCUCAACGUCCGCUUCGGCCGUGGCCCCAGGGGCAGGAGGUCACGGGGUCAGCGCCGGGGGAGGGGAGGUGGAGGUGGGGCCAGCAGAGGGAGUGGGGCAGUGGGAGGGGGUCUGGGUGGGCCGCAGGAGGCCCAGCGGCUGGCAGCGCCCCCACCCCCACCCCCAGGCCCAGGACCGCCUCGGGCCCUGGGCGUGCAGGCCUCGGUGUCGGCCAUCAUGGCGCUGCGACGGGCAGUGCGGCGGCACCGGGAGAGGAGGCGGCGGCAGCGGCGGGUGCUGCGGAUGUCCCUGGUGACGGUGGGUGGCUUUGUGCUGUGCUGGGCCCCGGUGUCUGCGCUGCACCUGCUGCAGCUGGUGUUGGGGCCCAGUGAGCAGCGGGGUCGUCUGCGCCUCUGCGCCCUGGCCCUGGCCUAUGCCGGGACCCUGCUCCACCCGCUGCUCUACGCCUUCGCCCGCCAAAAGAUGCGCCGCGCACUGCGGGGCUGUGCCCGCAAACGGGUGCUGUCCGUGCUCCAGGUCGACCCGCUGCCUGGUGCCACCGUCAUCCACAACUCCUGGCUGGAAUCUGGUCCAGGGCCAGGCCCAGGCUCAGGUCCACCUGCAGCAACAGGCCCCGCACCCCCCGCUCAGAGUGAGGCCUAACUCAGGCACAGCCCGAGUCCCAGCCACAGGCCCAGCCUCCCUCGGGCACUGCGACCCCUGCUAAGAGAGAGGCUUAACCUAGGCCCAGUCACGCCCGCCACGGUAGGCCCUGCACCCCCAGCCCAGAGCAAGACCUAACACUGCCACAGGCCCAGGCUCACGCACAAACGCCAGUGCAACCCCUGCUCCCAUGGGCCAGAGCAAGGUCUAACCUGGGCAAGGUCUAACCUCCCGGGAACUACUCCCAACAGGAGCCCAACGGGGCCUCCCCACCACAGGGGAGGCUCGAUGGUUAAACCAGUCUAGGUACCCUGACCAGUCGCAGCUUGGCCUGGUCACCGUGAUACACAGCUCCAGGCUGCCCUCUGACCAGAGCAACUCCUGAGGGGCUGGACUGCACCCCAGCCAAAGCCGCUAGUUCAGCACCCACUGAUGCUGCGAGUGAACAGUGAGUGGCUCAC